UUGCCACGACAUCGUUUAUUCAAUUAUUCAAACAACACAUGCCGUCAAGAUAUUCUACCAAUUAUUUUUGAUAAAAGCGCCGAAAAUACCAUUGUUCUAGAGUGCUCCUAUAUUCCAACAUCACCAGUGGAUCUAGAUAUUAAUUGUCUAUCAUCGAGACGUUUGUCAAGUGAAGGUUUCGUCGAAAAAUAUCGUCUUCAACAAUUCGUUGAGCAUACUCCAGUGAUGUCAAGGCACGAGCAAAGUGGGCCGUAUCUUGGAGCAAGUGCUCUAGAUACAAAUACUCCGGAUCGUCGAGGCCUUGAGAACCUCUCAAAAACAUGUUUCAUUCGGCCAAAAUCAACUGGUCUCGCCAGUUUAUUCCUACAAUUUGGGCUUCUAAUUGUGAGCGGGAUAACCGCAAUGUUCUUUUUCUAUCAUGUUGGUGGAUAUGAAUAUAUGCAAUGGAAUGAGAAUUCGACAAUUCUUGAACCAGUUCAUCAUAAUUAUCCACACAAUAUUCGAUAUGAGAUUGUCGAAGAGAAAAAUCAUCCACCCCCAGAAGAACAUAAACCGCAUUUCGAAACUACGAUUCUGCCAAUCGUUGAGACAACUAAAGUUUCAAAUGAGAAAGAAGAAGAUGAUAGUGAAAGUUUGGUAUCAACUGCCAAUCGAUCUUUGGAAUUUCUCAAUCAAACAGUCGCAACAAAUCGCAUCAAAAAAGAAGAGGUAGGCUUUCCGGAAUUCCGGGAUAGCUAAAAUAUUUUUGUUUCUAGAAAGAAGAAGAAGAUGAUGUUGUUGCCCAAUUCCUUGAUCGUCUUCUUGGCGGAGAAGAAGAUGAAACUAAUUCGACAUUUGGAAUCGAGCAAGUUCCAAUGACAAAUGUCAUGAUUGCAGUGAGUUCACACCCUUUUAAGGGUAAAACCUCUAAUUAAAGUUCCAAUAAUCCUCUAGGGCGUUGAAUUCGAUUGGUUGGAAGUUAUUCGAAUCUCAACGCUGGUUUACUUGAUUAUAUCAAUCACUUGGUUUUUCUCAAUGGUCUUUUUCAUAUUCACCAUAAAAUGUGAAAUUUUGGACUCAGCGGUUUUCAAUCUAAUGGUUCUUGCAUUAAUUGUCUUAUACCAAUUUAUGCAUUCAUUUUUGAUUGUUGCAUUAGUCUUCUUCCAAGUAAGAGUUUCCUUUGAUUUCUUAUCUCUAACAAAUAAUUUUUGUAGACCGAAAUGAGUUGGCGAACGAUGGCAAUCACUAUCGGUUCAAUUAUCAUCUUAUCAUGCUGUGCAUUUUUGGGGUGUGUUUGUUUCGCGUUGGAUUGUGGAUGGAUCAAAUACAUUGACUAUAUGCAUGGCAACCGACAACGGGUGAGUUAGGCUAAUUAGAUUUAUAACAAGAAAUGAUUUUUCUAGUGUAUAUGUUUGGCGGUUGUUGUUCGAUUGAUCAAAGGAAAGGAGAAUCAACCAACAUUUGAGAACAGUUACCAGAUGCCAAAUCAAGCCACCAACAAUAACGAUACUCGUCAUUAUGAGAAUGAUGUGCCAAUUCAACAAUUCAGCGCGUUCUAA